UUUCCGCCAAGCGUGUAAAGUGCUAUUUAUAGCACACAUGGACGCCUCAACAGAUAAACCAACAUGGCGGCUUGAAGGUCAUGCGAAAAAAGCUUCAAAAUGUGGCGAUCCCUUAGACACAUUUAUAUCAAGCAUUCAGGCGGCUGCAGUUUUCGUCUCGGGCAAGCACGGGGGAUUUCCGAGAACAAUGAAGAAUGCAAGCAGCCUUUCGCCAGCUCUAAAGCUGCUUACGAAGACAAAACUCUCGCCAGGUCGUACGAUUUGGCUGGAGCCGAAACACAUUUUCACGAGGGUCACAACUUAAUAUGUACGCUGCUUCACGACGCAAUCAAUCAAGAAAGACACAAGUUAGCGAAGGCCAAGGGAUAUGUGGGAGGAGGCGAACGACAUGGAAACUUUUUCUGUGGGACACUUAUGGAUGAAGUGAGAUUGUGGUGCACAGGAGUUGUUGCAUUAUCAAGCAUCAUCAGCUGCAAAAACCUGGUUCUAGAUGAAAAUAACAGAUUUGACAUCUCAAAGAUUCCACAUGUGCUCUAUUGUCUGCUCUUUCCCAAAGCUCCUACAGCACUUGCAAUCUUGCCUGUUGUACCAAGUGGCGAGCCUUCGACUUCGGAAGAGAACUCUCUGAACAAAGCUAUUGCAUCGUUUGAGUCUCAGUUCAGUGAGUGCAAUGCAGCAACACAAAAUAAACUGGGUGUGAAGUUUGCUGCAGCUAGGGAACACCACAAAGCAUUUGCACUGUUCCAGCGAGCAAGCAAUAAUGGCCACCCUCUUGCUCAAUUUAAUCUGGGCCUGUGCUUUGAACAUGGCAAGGGGGUUGACAAGGACCUGAAUGCGGCAGCUGAGUGCUACAAGCUGGCUGCAUCUCUUGGCCACGGUGGUGCUUUGUACAACCUUGCAUUAUACCACAUGGAGGGCAUUGGGGGCUUAGCUAAAGAUGAGGCUAAAGCUUUGGAGUUAUUGGAACUUGCUGCACAGUCUGGCACAUGGAAAGCGCAAUGUUAUCUCGGUAUCUACUACGCUGAUGAGUCCUCAAAUCAUGUAGACUAUGACAAAGCAUUCUCAUAUCUGGACCAAGCUGUGGCAAAGGGUGACCCAACAGCAGAGUAUUAUCUUGGUGUGUGCUAUGAGCGUGGAUUAGGUGUUGAACGGAACAUCAACAAAGCAGGACACUUGUAUAAAUCUGCAGCCAAGAAUGGAAAUAUUUCUGCACAGUUUAACAUGGGUGUGUUCUAUGAACAUGGUUUGGGGGAUUAUGAUGUUGAUAGGCAAGAGGCCUUGCGUUACUACAGGAUGGCAGCAGAGGCUGGUGAUGAUGAUGCCAGACAUAACUUCAUUCACUUAUCGCAGCAAAUGUUGCAUGCUUCAAAAAGGCAAAAACUUGACAAUCAUGGGGGCAUUCUAAUGGCUCUUAUUCAAGGUCUUAACUUGGGGGGGAGCUCGGGUGUGAUGAGUCGCUGCUCUUCAACUCCAGAUCUUAAUGAUCUGAAUAAGGAACUGCCAAAGACACAUGUAAUGCUAUGAAUCCAUUUAAACUGUACAUAAAUUUUAAGAAUUUGGAACUUUGCUUUGUCAAUCCAAUCUUGAUAUCUUUGGUGAGAACUUAAUUCAUUUUAUUGAAAGCA